CUUGGGUAUCCCUGCAGGAAGGACCGUAGGACCCCAGAGCCAUGUUCCCUGAGCCCCCAACUCAAGAGUCCCCAGUAUCCGAUGCGCCUCCAGAUUCCAGCCGCCUCAGCCACGGUCCAGUGCCUCCCUGGGCCCUGGCCACCCUCCUGCUGCUCUCCGGCCUCCUCGUCUCCAGCUGCUGCUUCUGUCUCUACCGGAAACGAUGUCGCAGGCGGGUGGGCAAGAAGAGCCCGGCCCAAGCCCAGGUCCACUUCCAGGAAGUGAAGGAGCUGGGGCAGAGUUACAUAGACAAGGUGCAGCCGGAAGUGGAAGACCUGGAGCCAGCAGCACCCUGUGCGGGGCAGCAGGCAGCGGAGAAACACACGUUGGGACGGCUGCAGUACUCCUUGGAUUAUGACUUCCAGAGCGGCCAGCUGCUCGUGGGCAUCCUGCAGGCAGAAGGCCUGGCUGCCUUGGACCUGGGUGGCUCGUCCGACCCCUACGUGCAGGUGUACCUGCUGCCGGACAAGCGGAGGCGGCACGAGACCAAGGUGCAUCGGCAGACGCUGAGCCCUCGCUUUGAGGAGACCUUCGCCUUCAAGAUUCCUUAUGUAGAGCUGGGGGGCAGGGUGCUGGUCAUGGCCGUGUACGACUUCGACCGCUUCUCGCGCAACGACGCCAUCGGUGAGGUGCGGGUCCCCAUGAGCUCUGUGGACUUGGGGCGGUCGGUGCAGACCUGGCAGGAGCUGCAGAUGGCUCCGCGAGAGGAGCCAGAAAAACUAGGGGACAUCUGUUUUUCCCUCCGCUAUGUCCCCACGGCUGGGAAGCUCACCGUCGUUGUCCUGGAGGCCAAGAACCUGAAGAAGAUGGACGUGGGUGGACUGUCAGAUCCCUACGUCAAGGUGCACCUGCUGCAAGGCGGCAAAAAGGUGCGCAAGAAGAAGACUACCAUCAAGAAGAACACGCUGAGUCCCUACUACAACGAGGCCUUCAGCUUCGAGGUGCCCUGUGACCAGGUGCAGAAGGUCCAGGUGGAGCUGACCGUGCUGGACUACGACAAGCUGGGCAAGAACGAGGCCAUCGGGAGGGUGGCGGUGGGCGCGGCGGCGGGCGGCGCGGGCCUGCGGCACUGGGCGGACAUGCUGGCCAACCCGCGGCGGCCCAUCGCUCAGUGGCACUCGCUGCGGCCCCCCGACCGCGCGCGGCAGCCUUCCGCACCCUGA